UUUGCUGCAGGUGCGGGACGCUGCCACUGAAAACCUGCACGCGACACCAGCCGUAGCUUCCGUGAAGCUAGGCCAUAUUACCCUUGGCUUCGUUCUGUAGACUGCCACGAUUUCGACACACACCGCUGCGUCUCAACUGUCCGUAGGCUCUGGUUAGCCCUGGGACCGUAGCAAACGAAGUGGAGUCGCGCCGCAACAGGCAGGAGCGGUCAAUUGCCAUAUCGAACGGUCUGUACCUGCCAAGCCCAAGUCCGCCAGCACGUACUAGGGCCGCGGACUCGGACUCAUCGCGCCAACACAUCGUUCCCCAAGGGUCUCUUGGACUACAUAAGAUCUGGUGCUUUGGCAUCGCGCAAUGGCAUCGCUUUGAUCAACCGGCCACACUUUCGCAAUGAUCUUACGGUUCUUCACCAGCGCUCUCUUCCUCUUCUCCAUCGUCUUCACCAUACCGCUGGCAUUCGAUGUUGGUGGGCGGACCUGUGGACUGGCGUUCAGUCUGAGCCUCGCCAUCUACUACUUCCUUCUGAGCUGUCUCCGACUGGCGACACCGGAACAAUCAACAUGGCGCAGAAGAGCGGUGCAGCUGUUCGGCAUGCUGCAAGCUUUGGUGAUACCCACGUUGCUCAUAUGGAGUUUGAACAAAUUCAGCGUGGAUAGUGGGGACGACGCAAACUGGGUUACGAGGGCGUUCUAUAACGCAACGAAACCGCUGCAUGCAAGUCCGAGCUUUAACGAGUGGUUCUUUGGCAGGGAAGGCAUGUUGGAGAGCUUUUUUGUUGGGGGCUGGGACAAGCUGCUCCGCUACUCAACGCCGGUAUUCCAACUGGCGGAAGGCUUCUGUAGCCUGCUCGUCAUCCAAGCUGCUGGCCAGGUGACGCGGUAUCUGGUAAACUCGAGCGAUGGCGGCGAUGGCUGGAUGAUUGGACUACUCGUCCUCAGCGGAAGCAUCAUCUCCGGUUCAGUUUACUUCCUCUGGCGGAUCAGCACCUUCCCAGGCAUUGACAGCCAAGACGCCAUCCUCAUCGGCAUCGCUAUUACCUGUGCCUUCUUUCUGUGUGCCUGGGGUAUCGGUAGCGGGCGCGGAAACGUCGUCGAAAGCAGCCUGCUGUUCGCCUACAUUACUUUGUGCAUCUACCAAAUUUUCACCGACUACCAACCAAGUCAUCCAAUCGAAGCGGCGGCGGCGCAAGCAGCUGCACCAGACUUUCCGCCACUGCCGCCAAUACUCAUGGCAAGCUACACGACCUUAUUGCAAGCACUUUCAAGCUUGCCGAGUACGCUACACAAUGCUUUCGGCUUCGUGGUGGCAGCUGUUCGUACGGUAACGCCGUCAGUGAUCAUCAGCCUUCUUUAUCGACUUAUGGUCUUCUACGCUGCCGCGAGGAUCAUUCCUGCCGUUCGAGAGUCAGGCGCUCGCGCACUCUCCGAGGACCCGUCAUUGGAGGAGCACGAAGGCGUGUCAACCUUCAUGGGCUUGGUUUCCUACUUCAACCCGAGCAUACUCAUUGCCGUCUACACGAGUCUGCUUAUGCAGCACUUCGCAUCGGCGAGCGCUGACCACCCGGGUGAAUGGUGGACAAGCCAGGGUGGACACGGUGGCGGUAACAUUUCGAGAUGGGCGAACUUGGCCGGCACGAUGGCAUUGUAUAGUGUGGAGCUAUACCUUGGCAAAGGGCAAGAGGAUGGUUUUGCGCAGCAUUGGAAGCUUGACUGAAAGGGUCUACCUGCUUCUUCGCCGUGGCUUCAAUAUGGUGGCCACAAAAAGGAGUGAAAAGGAGGGUCAAUAACAUUAUGGUCACGUGAGUGGUGUCAGAGUCGCGUACCUCACAUACCCCACCGUCAGCCCUACGUCACUUAGCCAUCUGCAGAGAUCUGCCCGCGGUCGAUCAGUACUUAGCAGCACGUUCACCAGCAAUUUCGACUUCGGACAACUCAACAAAUCCA